CAUAUCAAUCAAGUCACACCAUCUUCCAAAUUUCACAAACUUGCUCAAUUAUUCUUAUUACAAAUCUUGAGUCUUGGAAAAAAAUGGGAGAAAGAAGAGUAAUUGGUUGGGCUGCAAGAGACACAACUGGGCUUCUGUCUUCCUAUUCAUUCAAUCUCAGGAAAACAGGUCCAGAAGAUGUAGUGAUAAAGGUAUUGUACUGUGGAAUUGAUCAUACAGAUCUUCAUCAAAUGAGGAAUGAGAUUCAUUCAACUAAUUACCCUUUGGUACCAGGUCAUGAAGUAGUGGGAGAAGUUGAAGAGUUGGGUUCAGAAGUGAGAAAAUUCAGAGUUGGGGACAAAGUGGGAGUAGGCUGCAUAAUUGGGUCUUGUGGGAAAUGCUCUUCCUGCAAAUCAAACAAUGAAAACUACUGCGCCGAUAGAAUUUUCACCACCGGCGGCACCUACCCAGAUGGAGCUCCCACCCAUGGAGGUUUCUCCUCUACCAUGGUGGUUCACCAAGCGUUUGUUGUACGAAUGCCAAACAAACUAGCACCGGAACAGGCGGCUCCACUAUUGUGUGGCGGGGUAACAGCUUACAGUCCUUUGAAACAAUUCACUAAAGGGUAUUCAAAUGAGGAUGUGUUGAGAGUUGGAAUAUUAGGGUUGGGAGGAGUUGGGCAUUUGGGGGUUAUCAUAGCCAAGGCAAUGGGACACCAUGUGACAGUGAUAAGCUCUUCUAGUAAGAAAAAGGAGGAGGCUUUAGAGCAUUUGGGGGCUGAUUCUUACCUGGUUAGCUCCGACUCGGCAGAGAUGGAGGCAGCAGCCGGUAGUCUAGACUACAUUCUAGACACUGUUCCGGCACAUCACAACAUAAAAGCCUACCUUUCGUUGUUAAAGGUUGAAGGAAGGCUAGUGAUAGUUGGGGCAUCUCCUCAGCCACUUCAGUUUAUAGCCAGUGACUUGAUUCUAGGGAAGAAGACUAUUGGAGGAAGCUUCAUCGGAAGCAUAGAAGAAACUGAGGAGCUAUUAGAGUUUUGGGCAGAGAAAGGUUUGAAGACAAUGAUUGAGGUGGUGAAGACGGAUUAUGUGAACAAGGCAUUCGAGAGGAUGGAAAGAAACGAUGUUAGAUAUAGGUUUGUUCUAGAUGUGGCCGGAAGCAACCUCCAUUGAUGACACUACAACAUGUCCUUUCAAAAUCUCCCAAAUCGCCAACCAAAAGUGCACGAAUCUCUUUACUAGAGUUUGUGCACCUCUUGUAGGCGAUUUUGACCAUCAAUAUUUUGGUUUUGUCAAAAAUAAAAGCAUUAAAUUCUCAAGUACAAUAAUAAAGGAUCAAGAUUUGGCUAAAUGCCUACCCUAACUAACCUAACCUAACAUUUAUACAUGGGCACUUUGAAUUAUUAUAAACAUCAAGCUUAACACAAAUAGAGUGAAAUUUAACUGAUUAGCUUACUAGAGUAAAAUACUAAGUUGUCAUUCUUACAGAUUCAACUAUUCAAGUCAUGAAUUAUACAUACAAUAAUAUUUCCAAAUGUUAUGCAGCAUAUAACAGUGAGUUACUUCAUCAUUGUGAUUAUGAGUAACUUAAUGAGUGAAUCUCUUUUGGAAACAAAAGAAUGAACUAAUGCUACUAGUACAACAAUUGGAAGGUAUAUCUACCUGGAUUUCGAGUUCCAAAAAAAGAAAAGACAAAAAAGAGUAAGAUGGUCAUCAAACUUGUCACCGGGGACUAGUUUCAGAUUAGUUUCAGUCGUCUUUCCCCUUGCCCUUUCCUUCAACCCCUUUAAUGCUAUCGUAGGUUGAAAGGAAGAAUGUACUCUGGUUUUUCUGCAAAAACCUA